UUGUGGUCACAGAUGAAUGAUCUAUAUGUGGUGACCACAAUUAUACACACUACUCUCGAUCGAUCUCUAUAGGAAAAGCUAUAUCGAUCUAAAGUUCUAAAGCAGCAACCAUGGACAUUGACAUACAAGCAGACGAGCUUCUUGCAGAGCUAGGUAUCGCUACAGGGUGUCCUGUGGCCCCACCACCAGCAGCGAGUGCCCCACCACCCGUUCCCCCACCACCAGCAGCAGUGAGUGCUCCACCACCUCCACCUCCACCUCCAGCAGCGGGUGCUCCACCACCACCACCUCCUCCACCACCUCCAUCAAGCUCUGGAGGAUAUAGAGCUCAAAAGAAAGCUCAAGAUGAUGUAAAUGAAGUGUUUGACUCUGUGAUCAGUUUUGCGUCAAAAACAUCUGCGAAGAAAUCCAAAACUCCCCCAAAAGUGGCUCCGAAACCCAAGAGAAAGAUACAUGUCAGUUCCCAUACAAUGAAAGUCAAGAGCCCAACGGCUAAAGAUGCUCCCAAGCUUCCUGCUCCCCCGGCUUCAGCUCCUGCCCCUCCAGCUCCUGCCCCUCCACCUGCACCAAAAAAAGACGAGUCUAAGCAGCGAGCCCCCAGCACGAGCGAAGGUGGCAUUGUCCCUAAGAGCCCUAAGCCUGAGCCAGUUCCGGUCCCAGCAGCAUUUUCAGUGCCAGCUCCUGUACCAAUGGUGGCUUUUGGACCAGGUCUUGAGACUUUUGAGGUGAACUGUUUCGGAGAUUUCCAAGUGUCGUGCCCACAUGACAUCACAAUUGACGACCUCGAAGUCACCGUCAAAGGACCUUCUGGAACUAAGCCUGUGGAAAUCGAUGAGCAUGGAAAUGGCCAGUUCUCUUGUUCUUACCUCCCUGCUAUUGCUGGAGAUCAUAUUGUUUCGAUCAAAGUCGAUGACGAGCAUAUACCUGGCAGCCCCUUCACAGCCCAAGUACAGUUUGCUCAAUACACUGACAAAUGCAUCGCCGAGGGGCCUGGUCUUCUUUCUGGAACGACUACCGAUCCUUGCCAAUUCACCAUCCGAGCCAAGACUGACUCUGGAUAUGCACGCAUGAGAAUUCACGUUGUGGGUCCAUCCAAAGCCGAGCCGAUUGAGAUGGUUGAAGAUUCCGAGAAGAACUGUGUGAAUGUUACCUACCAUCCCUCUGCUCCGGGUGACUAUACUGUGAGGGUCCUCUGGGGAGAUGCCAACGUCCAUGGCAGUCCAUUCACCGUACCUGUUACUGGAGAUUUUGUGAACGAUGCAUCUAAAGUACGAGUUACCGGAGACGGCCUCAAGGGAGGAAACGUGAACGUUCCAAUCAAAUUUUUUGUGGAAGGAGAAGCCGGAGCUGGUUCUGGUCCUCUUGGAGUAAGGAUGGUGGGUCCGUCCAAGCCGUCUAUCACUGCUGAUGAUUCGAGCGAGGAGGGGGUGGAGCUUACUAUUGUUUGUCAAGAUCCAGGUGAGUACCAACUCAUUCUCAAGUGGGGAAAUGACGAAGUCCCUAGCAGUCCUUACACUAUUAACGUGGAGGGUGAAGGCCGUCAAGUUCGUCCCGAUCUCUGCACUGCGUCUGGACCCGGAAUUUCCUCUGGCUCUGUUGGUGAUGCUGUCAAGUUCACUGUUGAUAUCCCAGAUACCGCUGGCCCCGGGUCUCUUGGCGUGUCUGUUGCUGGACCACACCCACCGAAACCGAUUGAGAUUGUUAACCAACAAGAUGGAACUAUGGAAGUGACCUAUCACCCGAUUGCACCCGGAGAUUACAAAAUCGACAUUCAAUGGGCCAACGAGCAUAUUUCAGGAAGUCCGUUUACUGCCACCAUCUCUGGAAUUGCUGUCCGUAACGCUAGAGAGGUCGAUGCAACUGGAGAAAUUAUUAGUAUUGGUGAGAUGAAGUGUAAUCAACUCGGAACGAUCAAUGUGGUACCGAAAACAGCAGCUGGUGCAGGUCCGCUUCGAGCCAAACUGGAGGGUCCUUCUAAAGCUGAACUGGAGUUGGCGAUGAAUCCUGACGGUACCAUGCUCGUUUCGUUCAUCCCCAAGGAUGCGGGAGAUUACAAGCUCCACCUACUGUGGGGAGAUGGAGAGGAGCAAGACGAAAAUGAAAUCAACGGCAGUCCAUUCUCAGUCAAGGUCUCCAACUAAUCAUGUGAGACUCCAAACUGAAUUUUACAUAGCAGAAAAUUUAGUGUUUGUUUAGCAGUCUUAUUUUUUGAGUCUUGUUUAUUACAAGGUAGAUUUUCAGUCCAUUUCACUCUUAAGAAUAUCUGUCUUAUGGUUUCAAGCUUGUGUAUACUGUA